AAAAUCCAUAAACUCCGAAAGGAUGACUGCCUUUUUGAAGAACAUUAAAAGCACGAUGUGGUCCCAGGUGAUUCUUGUGUGUUCUUUAAUUAACCUAGCCUAUGGGUUGCAGCAAGAGGUCAGUUUUGAAUACAAAUACAGCUUUAAAGGCCCCCACCUGACCCUGGAAAACAAAAGCAUCCCUUUCUGGGAUUACGGAGGAGAUGCUAUCACAGGUGAUGAUUACAUCAUAUUAACCUCCUACAGAAGGAGCAUGAGAGGGUGGGUCUGGAGCACUCUGAAAACAAGCUUUAACCAGUGGUCUGUGGAUUGUGUUUUCAAGGUCACAGGACGGGGUCGUGUCGGUUCAGAUGGAUUGGCUGUGUGGUUUACUGAGGACAAAGGUCAGGAGGGACCAGUUUUUGGGAACCAGAAUAUGUGGAGGGGACUGGGUGUGUUUAUGGACUCCUUUGAUAAUGAUGGACAGAGGGGACUGGGUGUGUUUAUGGACUCCUUUGAUAAUGACAGACAG